UUUAGCCUCCAUUAAACCCCUAAAACCCUAACGUGUAAAAAAGCACCCUCUGUAUACCCGUUUCUUCUUCUCCUUCUUCGUCUUCUUCUCAACCAUGUAUCGCUUUGCCACUAGCCUCGCCUCCAAAGCCAGGUUGUCUAAGAACAGCUGUCAGCAGAUUGGUAGUAGAUUGAGUUGGGCAAGGAACUAUGCGGCCAAAGACAUCAAAUUUGGGGUGGAAGCCCGUAGCUUGAUGCUUAAGGGUGUUGAAGAUCUUGCUGAUGCUGUUAAAGUGACAAUGGGACCCAAAGGCCGGAAUGUUGUUAUCGAGCAAAGUUUUGGGGCCCCUAAAGUCACAAAAGACGGCGUUACUGUGGCAAAGAGUAUUGAAUUCAAGGACAGAGUCAAGAAUGUUGGUGCUAGUCUUGUAAAACAAGUGGCAAAUGCUACAAACGAUGUGGCCGGAGAUGGUACCACUUGUGCUACUGUCCUCACUCGUGCUAUAUUUACUGAAGGCUGCAAGUCAGUGGCAGCAGGGAUGAAUGCCAUGGACCUUAGGCGUGGUAUUACGAUGGCUGUUGAUGCUGUUGUGACCAACUUGAAGAGCCGGGCAAGAAUGAUUAGUACAUCUGAAGAAAUAGCACAGGUUGGAACAAUAUCGUCUAAUGGAGAAAGAGAAAUAGGUGAGCUAAUAGCUAAAGCCAUGGAAAAAGUUGGCAAAGAGGGCGUCAUCACCAUCGCAGACGGGAAGACAUUGGAUAAUGAAUUAGAGGUAGUUGAGGGAAUGAAGUUUGACAGGGGCUAUAUAUCCCCGUAUUUCAUCACCAAUCCGAAAAACCAAAAAUGUGAGUUAGAAGAUCCACUCAUACUAAUCCAUGAGAAAAAGAUCUCAAACCUAAAUGCUAUAGUGAAAAUAUUGGAGUUGGCCUUGAAGAAUCAAAGACCUCUACUAAUUGUCGCUGAAGAUGUGGAAAGUGAAGCACUGGCUACUCUCAUUAUAAACAAGCUCCGAGCUGGAAUCAAGGUUUGCGCCAUUAAAGCCCCCGGGUUUGGAGAAAACAGGAAGGCAAUUAUGCAGGAUCUUGCCACUCUUACUGGUGGGGAGGUUAUAACUGAAGAGCUUGGUCUGAACAUUGAAAAAGUAGGACCAGAAGUGCUCGGUAGAUGCAAAAAGGUUACAGUAUCGAAGGAUGACACUGUUAUUCUGGAUGGUGCUGGUGACAAGAAAACGAUUGAAGAACGAUGUGACCAGUUGAGAUCUUCCAUUGAGUUGAGCACUUCUGAUUAUGACAAGGAAAAAUUACAAGAGCGGCUUGCAAAGCUUUCUGGCGGUGUUGCUGUCUUGAAGAUCGGAGGAGCUAGCGAAGCAGAAGUUGGUGAGAAGAAGGACAGAGUUACUGAUGCUCUAAAUGCCACCAAGGCUGCUGUAGAGGAAGGAAUUGUGCCUGGUGGUGGUGUUGCUCUUCUAUAUGCCUCCAAGGAGCUAGAGAAGUUGGAGACAGCAAACUUCGAUCAAAAGAUUGGUGUCCAGAUCAUUCAGAACGCUCUCAAGAUGCCUGUAUACACAAUUGCUUCUAAUGCCGGCGUAGAGGGGUCCGUAGUUGUUGGCAAGCUGUUGGAGCAGGACAAUCACGACCUUGGAUAUGAUGCAGCCAAAGGUGAAUAUGUCGACUUGAUAAAGUCGGGAAUCAUUGAUCCGUUGAAAGUCAUCAGAACUGCCUUGGUAGACGCCGCAAGUGUAUCAUCAUUGUUGACAACAACUGAAGCUGUUGUUGUUGAACUUCCCAAGGAUGAGGAGCCCGUUGCAAUGCCGCCGGGCAUGGGAGGUUUGGGUUAUUAAAAAGCCUCACCAAAGUGUUUUUGAUUCUUUGAUCUAAACUUUGCAACAGAAAUUUAUGGAGGAGAAUAAAUUUUUACACAAGCGAAUAUGAAGUUUAAUAGGAACUCUUCCUUGGUUACAUCUAUUCAUUUUUUGUUAACCAUUUAAACUGAGAGUUUUUAGAGUUAUUAUUAUUAGAUAACUACACUUCGUGAC